GAGCAGAGGCGGCAAAUGGUGGACUUCGAUACCUACGACGAUCGGGCCUAUAGCAGCUUUGGCGGCGGUAGAGGGUCCCAUGGCAAUGCUGGUGGCCAUGGUUCCCGUAGCCAGAAGGAGCUGUCCACAGAGCCCCCCUACACAGCCUAUGUAGGAAAUCUGCCUUUUAACACGGUUCAGGGCGACAUAGAUGCUAUCUUUAAGAAUCUCAGCAUAAGGAGUGUACGGCUAGUCAGAGACAAGGACACAGACAAAUUUAAAGGAUUCUGCUAUGUAGAAUUUGAUGAGGUGGAUUCCCUUAAGGAAGCCUUGACAUACGAUGGUGCACUGUUGGGAGAUCGGUCACUUCGUGUGAACAUCGCAGAAGGCAGAAAACAAGAUAAAGGUGAUUUUGGAUUCAGGAAAGGUGGACCAGAUGACAGAGCCUUUAGGAAUGAUUUCCUAGGAGGCAGGGGAGGGAGUCGUCCAGGUGACCGGCGAAUGGGCCCCCCAAUGGGGAGUCGUUUCAGAGAUGGCCCUCCCCUUCGAGGGUCCAGCAUGGAUUUCAGAGAACUGACAGAAGAGGAAAGAGCACAGAGACCGAGGCUCCAGCUUAAACCUCGAACAGUUGCAAUGCCCCUUAAUCAAGUAGCCAAUCCCAAUUCUGCUAUCUUUGGAGGAGCCAGGCCCAGAGAGGAAGUCGUCCACAAGGAGCAAGAAUGAGCUGCGACAGGGAGGGAAUGGGAGUGGGGGGAGUUAGAGCAAGACCACAGCCUGGCUGGCCCCCGGACCAGCAGUCCUGCAGUUACCAUUCCUGCGCCUGACCUUUGUCCUUUCUUACAACGGAAACAGCCUGUGAGUGCAUGUCAGCAGUUAACAAGUGGUUUUUAGUACAUUCUUGGCUUUGCCCUCUCUGUCUCUAGUGCUUGCUUGUGCUUUUUGUUUUUGUGUGCUUUUUUGCUGCCACUCCUUCCCCAAUUUCCUUUAGUCCCCUUGCCUUCCAGCACAUGAGUGUCUGCAGAGGGAGAGGCAGCCGCCAUGUGGGAGUGUUUGCAUUGAGGUGCUGCUUCAUUUUUCUCCUUUGCUUUCUCUUUUUACUUUAGACACAUUGGCCAGACUCCAGUCUUUCCGUUUGAUUUUGCUCAGUGCUUCUCUUCUGACCUGCAUGUUGAGUUCUGUAUUGCUGUGGCUUCCAAGGAGAAAUGAGAAGAGGCCACAGAUUGGAUAGCAUCUUGUUUUCUUUCAGCCAUGAUCAACAUAAAGAAUCUGAGGCACCUUGUUUUGAAAACAAGGAUAAACUAUGCUGGUGAUACCUUGCAAAUUUCUUCUUGUCCCUAUUUAUAGGCAGUCCUGUCUGUUAUCCCAUCCCCACAUGGGUUGCCCCAGCAGAACGGGCUCUCAGUCUGACAGGGAAACGAAUGGGGAAGAGCUACGUGAAAUGGUGUGAGGGGGCCGAAGUUGGAUUACUGUUGGGUUCACACACCUGGUUAUUGCUCUUUCCCCACUGUGUCCAGACUAGCCCCUCCUUUCCCUGGCGGUGUUAGAGACUCCUCUGGCAAGAUGUGGCGAACUGCUGUCUGCUUUCCUCGCCACUGGGCAGGUCGGUUUGGGGGACUAAAAGGUCGUGGUGGCAGAGCUGUGCUCAGCUAACUUUCUAGUGCAGACAUUGCUUUCUUCCCAUCCCCGGCAUCUGUGUAUUCUGCAUCUCUCCCUUGUGUCUUUUCUGUUCCCUUGUAGAAGUGACAGUGAGCUACUGUGCUUCGCACCAUCCUUUAAUUUUAUUAAAAUGGACCUAGAGUGUGGCACUCUGUUGCGCUUGAUGAAUUGAGAGUUUUGCUAUGCAGAGUUGUCAGGAACUUUAAAAUAACUGGUAGGUGGUUCUCAGUUACUAGGUCUCUGUGGGCCGUUUCUUGUCCCCAUGUCCAAUGCUCAGCACUUGCCUGGGAUUGGGAGGCCGGUAGGAGCUUCUGAAGCCAGAGGCCCUCAGUGUCGUGACUGGAGGGCUGCGAGGGGCCACAUGCGCCGAGCAGUGUGCUGAGGUAGUGGUUUGUUGCUAGCUGGCGUCCUUGGGUUCUCUUAUUCUGUCGUUGUCACACAGUCUCAGCAAUUUACAGAACUCUCCCCUCCUUUCCUUCCUUCCACCUGCCAUCUUUGCUUCUGAAAUAAGAACCAUUUGUGUAACACCAAUACGUAAGAAAGACAUGCAUUAUGUGAUUGUAAUCAAACCUGAUACUUUCAGAUGACCUACUUACAUCUUCAAUGUGGAAAAGAUUAAGAACAAAACAGAUUCAUCUAAACUUCUGGGCAAUCCAGUUGACUUUUAAAUGUAAGAAUGGAAUUCCAAACACUUAACACAUUCAACUAUAUGCAGAAAGUUAAUCUAUGGAUAUGAUAUUUUGUGAAUGAUCUUUUAAAUACAAGAAAAACCUUACAUAAUAAAAAAAAAAAAGUCUUAGGAGAA